AUGGCGCGACUCAACACAACGAAUCCACUGACCAGCAACUUUCAGCGGCAACAAAGCUUGAAAGAACGAGCUGACCGAAUCCCGACCAGUACUUUGGCAUCCGAAAAGCAAAUUACCAACAGCAGGACUUCCAAUGGCAGCAUCGGUAGCACCAGUACACAAUCCAGAGCCUCAUCACAACGGCAGAGUAGGGGAUCAAGCGCCAUAUUCGACAUCUUUUCCGAUGAAUGUUCAGCCAUCGAGAGCAGCAAGGCUGAGAUAGGUCAAGAUACACCAUCCUGCUCACCCAACAAACAAAAGAAAACCAGAACGCUCAAAGGUGCCAAUGUCAACUCCCUCCUUCUCCCGAUGCACCAGGCACCACGCCAAAGAUCCCACGUCAAAUUAGAGACCGACGACUAUGAAAAGGAGAACGAUAUCAUGGAAAAUACACCGGAGCCAUACACAGCAACGAGGGAAGCCGUUCCGCCGCCGUCUCCAACAAGACGAACCGUGCCGCGAAUCCCCAACAGAAGCCGUCCAGAAAAUAGGCCUUUGAGCCCCGUGAGCCCAGAAUCCGGAUCAGAUGAAAACUGUGGAGACAAUAGCUUUCACUCACUAGACGACUUCAUUGUCAGUGACAAUGAAGAUCUCAGCUUCCAUGAAACGUCUGGUUCUGAGACAGAAGACGCAGAGGUUCCAAGGCCGCCUCCAACCCACAAAUCCACCCGAAAGAGAUUGAUGAGAGGAAAGCGACCUGAUCCCAACGCUGAGGAGAAGACACUGAAGGAUACUUUCCUGAAAGUACCCUUUCGACUGGAACCUGAAACUGCUGACACACCAAAGUUGUCUUCAUCAUCUCAAGACAGCCCUAAGAAAGUGUCUCAGGAUGACCGUCAUGUCUCUACAAAGCUCAAUGCGCUGAAUCUAGAUGGAGACAAUGAACCAGCUUCUCAGGUGGAAAUGGUGUUCUCACGUUCCAUUAUCGCGGGGGACUCUUCGUCCACGGAACUACGUCCAACGAACAAGAAAAUGGAAACACCCCUAUCAAGCCCAUCACGAGCACGCCUGAGAUCUCCAGCCAAAGACAACAGUCGGAUUCCACCAAGUCCUCAUCGCGAGAGUACUGAUGCCUUUUGGAGCCAAGAAGUUACUAACAAUUGGAACGACCAUUAUUCAACCCGCUGGAAAAAGACGCCUGGCCGAACUGUCAUUGAAUUGCUGCAAGAUUUUGACGACUCAGAAGACGAGAAUAGCAGUCGUGAAUCUGGUACCAGCAGCGAUCUCGAACCUAUUCGAAAAAUGGAUGUGGAGGCGCCGAAGACACCCAAGACGCCCAGCAAGACAGCCCUCAAAAAGGCAGAAGCAGAGAAGAAUCGAGCUACCAAAGCUCGCCGACUGUCAUUCAAUAACAAGAAGGCUGACUUUGCGAAAACCUUCUUUAACGUCCUAGACCACGCUGUCUCCGGUGGAGAAGUCAGUCGGCUCACAGAAGCUACUGGCGGCGUCGAAAUCGUCUGGUCUAAGACCCUUCAAAAAACCGCUGGUCGAGCCCACUGGAAAGGUGAACGGCUUGUUUCCCGUGAACCAGAUGGCCAUAAAAAGGGGCUGGGCAAGAUCCAGCACCAUGCCAUGAUCGAGCUAGCAGAGCGGAUUAUCGACGAUGAAUAUCGGCUCAUCAACACUCUCGCACAUGAGUACUGCCACCUGGCCAAUUACAUUGUCUCCAAUGUGCAUGACAACCCCCAUGGCGCCAGCUUCAAGCGUUGGGGCCAGGAGUGUGCGGAAGUUCUGAAGGACCACCCGAUCUAUGGUGGCCAGAUCAAUGUGACAACAAAACACAGUUACGAGAUUGACUACAAGUAUGUGUGGAGUUGCGUGUCUUGUGGUCAAGAUUAUGGCCGCCACUCAAAGAGUAUCAAUACGGAGCGUGUUCGUUGCGGUGCCUGCCGUGGUGUGCUACAGCAGAUCAAGCCAAAGCCGCGCAAUGUGUCGCCGAAGAAGAACGCGACGCCCGGCCCCAGGAAUGUGCUGCACGAUGUGACGAGAAACCUUGGGGCGUUUACUCUGUGA